GACGGAGUUAUUUCGUAUAGAGGCGUCUUUUUUUUCACGGGUUUCGAUACCACCCCAGCAGGCAUGAUUUUAGGGCGCAGAAAGGGAACCACAUUGGCGGGAAUCAAACGCAUCGGGUUGGCAUCAUGGUGCCACAGGGAAAGGGUAAGAGGGGACCGCUCCAGAGGCAUUAUACUACGGACGACAUGGAGUCGAGGCGACGUUGGAAUCGUUUAACGUGCGGAUUAUAUGGAAUUCUAGUAUUUAGCGCACGAACCAGUUUUGUUUCUUAUUUCAGGUCCUCGGAAACCUCGACUUCAUCUGAUGCGUUGCAACGGUCCCACAACGUGGUCUGCAGGUCGGAGACUUGUUUCAAUCAGUCCAUUCAUCCAUCUCAACGUUUUCGGUAUCGGCAUAUGCACUCCUGAGUCCUGGUGCAUCGAAGUAGCGUCCUGUGUGAUAGAUCUAAGACAACCGUCCCUUCACAGUCCACAUUCAGACAUAUCACAGACGAAAGCCACACGCGGGAUAUUU